ACACGUGGAUUGCCGAUGGGGUCUCGGUAUCUAACAGCGAGCACAAAAAGGUGGCGAGAAUCCUUCGAUGACGUCACGGUUGAAUCUGACUCGAGCCAAAACAAGAGACGGUCAUUCUUCGGCCGGACUUCAGCGAGGAAACAACGUGCAGCUGCGCAAAAUACUAACGCUGUGAAUAUGAGAGUGGACCCACUUUUCUUCAUGGUUCUGGUGUGGCUCGCAAUGCUUCUCGUCUGCACCCCAUCGACCGUCGCAGAGGGAGGACAUGCCAGAAGAACGAAGAGACAAUUUGGCUUUUCCGGUGGUGUCAAUGCAGUGAGGCCGAUUACAGGUGCUUUACUCAGCGUGACGUCAUCCAACCGGCGUCCUUACCGACCUAACAUCAUAUACGGACCGAGACCAACCAGGAGGCGGUGUCUACAUUAUGACAGAUAUAGGCGAUGUAUUUACUGGUCGAGGUACUGAUUUUCUUGCAAAUAGGCGUCAUUUGCUGUGGAAACGGAUAUUGAAUAUUGGUAAAAGAGAAAGGAAGAGGAAAAGGCUUAUGAAAAACAUGCUUCAUAAUACUGCCUUUUCUAUUUCAAAUAGUAAGUGAAAGAUAUAUGCAAACACUUCUCCUUCACCUUCAGAAUAUGAUAGGAAAAAGAAAGACAAAGAAUUUCAGUCAAAUGAGUCUAAGGAAAAUAAAUUGCUGAUUAAACUUUUAUGGUGUGUAUAUUAAUCGUCACACGAAGCAAAUCUGUAUUUCUGUAUCUGUAUGCUUAAAGAACUAUGAGUGAUAGUUCCCUGCUCGGUGGUAAAGUGCCGACUCUUAGCUUUGGCUUUAAGAUGCAGGCACCCUAGCAGUCUUCAGCAUUUAUCCAGAUACGAAGUACUUACGGCACUAAAUCAAUGUGUACUUAUAGCAUUAAAUCUGAAAUUAUCAUGUGCUGAAUUGCCGCGAGGUACUCAAGCUUCAGCCCUCAGCUUAAGUCUUCCAACCGUGUGUAUUUCAGCUGUUCUUAUAUCCAGAAGAAAAUAUUACGAAGAUACAAAAACUGCUUUUUACUGCUACAAGUACUUAUUGUUGAAUGCCAUCAUAUUUAUGUCUGAUAAGCUUGUACUAAUCAAGGGUAUGAAAAUUGAAAUUGUAUUGUUUAUCAAAAAAAAAAAAAAAAAAAAAAAAGUUUCAAGAUUUUCAUUUUUAUCGGUACUAUUUUACAGAAUAUUUGAUCAUUUACUUAAUACGCAGCUAAUAGGUUAUAAUUUUAGGCAAGUGUGGCGCAUAAUUAUGUGAAAUGAGGUAGUUAGGGUACAAACCUGUUGAUAGAACGUGUUAGUUUGAAGGUAACAUCGAAGUUGGAGAGAAAUGGGCAGAGAAAAUCCUUGCCUCGCCAUACGCCCAUCACGAGAAAUCAGCAAAAAUGGUCGGCAGCGUAUUCAUUUCAAUGUAUGGAAAUGUUUGAAUUUGUCUAAACUGUGACAUUUAUUUUGAUAGAAAAUAGGUUAGGUUAUGGUCAAUGACUGGGGCUUAUGUAACAUAUUUUGUAACCUCUUUAAUCUCAUCCUUUACCUGUCUUUUGAUUUUACUGAAAAAUACUUGGUUUAUAAAAAGAACAUUAUAUUCAUGGAAACGAUUUUCCUGAUUGUUAGUGGCUUGAAUCCAAUAUAGGCACAUCAUCUUGUUUUGGAUAGCCAACUUAUGGAAAAGGAAAACCAUGAUUAUUCAAAACAGGAUAUAAAACAAACUGCUUUAUUUAUUGCUAAAACAGAAUCAAAAAUAUACAUUUGAUCAACAAACAAAAAGAGAAGUAGAAGAACAGGAGAGUUACAAUUAGGCAACUUUUCUAUGUGAAGACCGUUGCUUGGGAACAAAUUCUAAAGCUACCGUGUAUCUUUUUCACGAGACGCUGAAUCCAAAUACGACCAUUAAUACCUUGACCAGUAGAGGCAUUGUCUGUAUCGGUUAUAUCUCAGGCAGCGGCGUUGGCUGGGCCGGGGACCACGCCGAAUGGGCGGGGCGGGGCGGAACCGAUUGCCGGAACUUAUAGCUCCCUGCAAGAGACAGUUAUCGAAGUCAGCAAUGUAAAGCCUUUUAUUGUUAGAAUUAGUGCUAGAGAUAAUGCGGUUAUUAUUUUAUUGUAAUCGCUACUAUAAAAAAAAGAUAUACAAGUCCUGGGACAUUAUUCAUGAAAGGUCUUUACGAUUUUGUCUAUGAUUUGCGCUGUGUCACUUCAGUUAAUGGAACCAAAAUUUACAUCUUUAUAUACUCUAUGUAGAUAUUUGAUGUCAGUAAUAUGUUAAAACUACAUACUGCUAGAAAUCUUACUUCUAUGAUAAUAGUAUUACAUAUAUAUAUUUUGCAAAAAAUUGAGCCAAACACGGGUUUGUUGUCAUUGCAUCAGCUGUGAAGGGGGGCAGCGCCAUUUGUAUUUUCGAAUAGAAAUUGCUGUAAAUGUGUGGAAAGUGGGCCAAUGAAUGGUUGACAAUAAAUCAGAAUUGUUAUUC